CAACACAGCGUCCCUGUUGCCCGUUCACACGGACCAAGCUGUUGAUCCCCCCGACCGACCAGCAGACCAGACCGGGCGGACCGUCGUACAUCUGGGACCACCGACCCUAUUGGAUAACAAAAACAACAACAACACUAAUCGAAUACUUUUGAACUCAAACGGAUGGGGAUGUGUCGCCGGACGGAAAACCACUGCGCGCAGACAGGAUUUGUUUACUGAUUUGACGAAAUCACCGGGACGCAACGAUGGAUGAUUCUGGUCGGGCUUUGAUUAUGGAGAUCCGCGAGACUGCAGCAGUCGGGUUGUGAUGCUCGCUGAGGGGAGGGUUUAGAUCCCCGGGACACAGCCUUUCUUCGCCCCGCCAGGGGGACCGUCACCAUGUCUCGGGCAGCGGCGAUCGCCAACUCCCUCAUCCGCCAGAAGCGGCAGGCACGGGAGCGCGAGAAGGUGAACUCGUGCCGCGGCACGGCGGGCAGUCCGAGCAACAGCAAGGGACCCAACGAGAAGCCCAGCAAACUCAACGUCUUCUCGCGCGUCAAAUUAUUUGGCUCGAGGAAAAAGCGGAAGAGAAGGCGACCCCCAGGUCUGCAGAGGAGUGAACUCCACCUCAGCCAUCAGCUGCACUUCGACCACCACCAUCACCAUCCUCACCCCCAUCAGCACCACCCUCACAACCGACCACCAAACAUAAACCACCUUCUCCAUCUUUAAGGUGUCUUUUCUAUACCAUAAUGUAAUGGGAAAAAAAAAGCCUUGCCUCAUAUCAGAGCCCCAGUUAAAGGGCAUAGUGACCAGGCUGUCCAGCCGGCAGGGCUUCCAGCUCCAGAUGCAGCCAGAUGGAACCAUCGAUGGAACCAAGGAUGAGGACAGCACGUUCACUAUAUUUAAUUUGAUUCCAGUGGGACUGCGUGUUGUGGCCAUUCAGGGUGUCCAGACCAAAAUGUAUCUGGCCAUGAACAAUGAGGGAUUUCUCUACACCUCUGAACACUUCACCCCGGAGUGCAAGUUCAAGGAGUCGGUGUUUGAGAACUACUACGUGACGUACUCCUCCAUGAUGUACCGCCAGCAGGCCUCGGGCAGGGCCUGGUACCUGGGCCUCAACAAGGAGGGCGGAGUCAUGAAGGGGAACCACGUGAAGAAGAGCAAGGCCGCCGCCCACUUCAUCCCCAAACCCCUCAAAGUGGCCAUGUACAGGGAGCCAUCUCUCCACGACCUGACGGAGUUCUCGCGGUCAGGGAGCGGGACCCCCACCAAGAGCCGCAGCGCCUCAGCUCUGCUCAACGGAGGAGGGAAGACCCCCACUGACUCCUCCUAGCCCCCACACACACACUCACGCUCACGCACACACACACACACACACACACAGACACACGCAGACACACAGAUACAUAUAAACACACACACAGAUACAAAGACACACAAACACACACACACAUACAGACACACACACACACAAACAUAGAUACACAUGUAUACAAACACACACACACACACACAGAUACACAUACACACUAUUACAAACACAAACACAAGGACACACAUUGAUACACACACACACACACACACACCACACACAAACACAAACUCAAACAUACAUAAAAGUGGAAACUCCAGGCUACCCAAAUGAAAGAGCUCCCAGUAAUAGAGUCUGGUGCAUUAGUGUAAUGAGCACAACAGACCAACAUACCAAUCAGUGGAACUACCUGGCUCAGUGCAAGAUGGAGCUCAGGAACCUGGAACUUUCCAUUACUGCAUACACUCACAGGCACUCACUCACACACACACACGCACACACACACACACACACACACACACACACAC